AUGGAGAUCGAUGAUUGCGCGAUCCCGGGCGCCAUGCCACAAGGUGGCUCAUCUACCCUUCAAGGCCCAGCUAGGCGUGACCAGCUGCUACGAAAACGCCAAAUCGACGAGAUCAAUGAGCUGUCGAUGACAUCUCUUCCUGGCAAUAACAAGCGGCUUCGAAUUGCCGCCUACGCUUGGGAUAGCAACGAGCCGGGCUCCUGGGAUAAUAUGUCUGACAUUGAGGAUGAAACUGCCAAGAAAACCCUCUCACUCGAAUGCGCUGUUACCGCUGAGGCAGAACAAGCCAUUGAGAUGAAACGGCUCAGAGCGGAGGUGACGAGUCUCAAUCGUCUCGUCGACAAAGAGCGAUCUCAGCAUUACAGUUGUCAGAAUGAACGAGAUUUUCUGCAACAGAGAGUCAGGGAGCUGAGAACCGAAAACCAUCUAUACCAGACGCAUUUACGCGAGUCACAGGCCGCAGUGGAGCGUCUGCGCGGGGCGCGGAGCGAGGUGGUCUUACUGACCCCGCACGCAACAAAAACCGACGAAGAACAUCUUCGAUCUCUGCUGGGCCUGAACCAGAAGGUCAAGGACUUAGCUCAGCAUCUCCUCAAAACGUACCCAGCUCUCGCUGCCGGUGCGACUUCCGGUUUACGCCGCCGAGACCAUGCUCAAUGGUGGUUGAAUGACAUGCUCAAUACGGUCAUCUUCAAAAAGUACUUGGCUGCUGUCCAGCUCAAUAUCUGUCGCAUCAUUGCAGACUUAGCGAGUGAGAUCCCCGUCCAGCACCGGAACAUCUGGAAGGCGAUGACGGCAAAGGCACUCAACGCGCAUCAUCCGCUAGAGGAUAGAAAGAGACAAGCCGCCGCUCACGCCAGCAACCUUCUCUCGUCUUAUUGGCACAAGGUUUUCUCUAGCGAGGUAUGUCUGCUUUUGAGUUUGGUUCCUUCCACGCUUGGGGUGAGGCAUGAGAUUGAAUGUCUUCCAUCUUCACACCCAAUCAAGACCCGUCACAUCAUCGAAAGGAUCAUUUUCACAGCCGUAGAAUUGCAGUGGGAUAUCGUCAAAGAAGGCAAAGAUCUCCAGACUAUGUGGGCACAACCAGGCGACAUGUUUGACCCUAAUUGGAUGGAGAACGUGAGGCCCGCCAACGAUGACGAUGAGCCGGAUUUCUCGGUCGUCGAGCCGAAGAAAGUAAAGAAGGCCAUCGCUUUUGGCGUUCGUACAUCUGCGGCUGUACUUCAAAAGUGUUCAGUCGCUUUAGAGGAAUAGAUUCCCUUCUUCCCGUCUGUUUGCAGGCGACGCAUACUCGAUAUAGGUAGAUCAGUCCAAGACACACGAUACGAUAUGUCGCGGGCACUCUUUCC